CUCCUGUCUUCACCUCAGCAAAGCUCUCAGAGCAGUCUAUCCCAGCCUUCAUCGUCAUCGUCUUCCUCAGUUUCUUCAAUAAGCCAAUGGACGGCUCAGUCUGGAGCCGCGGGGACCUCUGGAAGUCCAGGUCUGACAACAGGAGCUACAGAGCAAGACAAGAAGCUGAAGCAGUACCUGGAAGACGAGCGCAUCGCCCUGUUCCUGCAGAACGAGGAGUUCAUGAGAGAGCUGCAGCGCAACCGCGAGUUCCUCGUCGCCUUGGAGAGAGAUCGCUUGAAGUAUGAAUCAAAGAAAUCAAAGUCCACUCAUUCAUCUAGUAUGGAGAAUUCCACAGGAGAACGGUACCCUGCAGCUUCAGUGGAGGCCGUCUCAGAUGACGCCCUGUUCAGAGACAAGCUCAAACACAUGGGCAAAUCAACAAGAAAGAAGCUGUUUGAAAUUGCCAGAACAUUCUCAGAAAAGACAAAGCGGAGAAAGUCGAAAAGGAAGAUGCUCCUGAAGCACCAUUCAUUGGGCACAACCAACUCUACGGCCAAUCUCCUCGACGAUGUAGAGGGAAACCCCUGUGGUAAGAAAUACAUGUCGCCCACAUGAUGUUAAACAUUUUACUGUUGUUGCAGUGCUUCCUAACUGAUCUAGCUUCAGGGUGCAGAUGGUCCCUCAGACGUCAGGUCACUGUCCACACAAAGAGCAACCUGAGAGCCUUUCACUACUUUUCUAUCCAUCCAUUCUUAUUGGGAGGAGACCGAGCUGACCACUGAGCUGUGGUUCAAUUUGAAUUCACAAGAUGAAAACUAUGACUUCUAGAGAAAAUUUGCCAUCUUUUUUUUUUUUUUUUUUAUCUGGAUGUCCAAUCAGCUUUGAAGGUAAAUGAAGUUGAAUGGAGCAAUACAUUCCUUAGUGUGUGCUAUAUUGACCCAGAAAGAGGAGUUCACUGCUGCAAACUCUGUACCGUGACGCUCACAAAUGCUGCACGAUUUAUUGUUCAUCAUCGAGAUUACAAUGUGUGUAAUAGUCACAUGUGAUGAUGGCAAAUUAACUCAAACACACAUCACACUACAACUUAUUUUGCUGCUUGAGACAAAAGGAAAACUGGCACUGGCAGGGUUACUGUGUGUGUGUGUGUGUGUGUGUGUGUGUGUGUGUGUGUG